AUGAUCUCCGCUGACGAGGAUGAUGCGCUUCGAAUGCGCUGGGCUCUCGUUUGUUCCGUGCCUGACGCCACUCAAGUCGAUUAUCUGAGCACAUUUUCUUCGUGGUUUCUUGCCGAGGUCACAAAGGUGGCUGCAAAGUUGAAUAUCUAUGCACGAUUUGAAGAAAGACCAAAAGUCGCCAUGCAUGUGCCUGUUGGCGAUUUUGAUGCUUGUGCAGCAGCUUACGAGAAAAUCCGAUUGAACUGGCCCUCUGUAAUGUUCGUCUUGCACAUCUUACCCGAGAAAAACUCACCCGAGUACGAAUGGAUGCGUAGCUUGAGCACGGCACAUGGAUUUGUACGACAAGGAGUCUUAUUAGAGAAUGCGAUGGAUAAAUUUGCUAGCGUAGCACAAAAAGGGGAUGAUCUCUUUGUGGUUUUCAGGUAAGA